CGAGGGCGGCGAGGGCUGCGCUGUCAUUGGCUGGCUGCUGGUGAGAGUGCGAUGCGGAUUGGAGCAUGUCGGGGGACUGGGAUGAAGACCUGUGUAAGAAGGCGCUGGUGCUGGUGGAGGAGCUGUGUUUCAACUCGCCGAGGGGCUACAGGCAUAGUGAACUGUGCCAGGAGUUCAACUACCUGCGGAGAGGUCGCAUGGGACAGCUGGACACAGAGAUCUCCGUCAGUCUGCUGUCGGUCAUUGUCACGUUCUGCGGCAUUGUCCUCCUCUCCGUCUCCCUUUUCGUCUCCUGGAAGCUCUGCUGGCUGCCAUGGAGGGACAAAGAGGGCGGCGGCCUGAGCCUGACGUCGGGGCUGCUGCCCGGAAGCGCCGGCGUGGGAAGCCUGGGGGGCACCGGGGGCUCGUCGCUCCUGCCGCCCCUGCUGCAGAGGAAGGAGGGACACUCCUCAUCCUCGCUCUACCCCUCGCUGGGACAGCAGGGGCAGCACCAUCCCCAUUUCUCGGACCUGGUGGGGUUGGAGAGGGGGGAGGUCGGGGGUGUGGUCGGGGGGCCACAGGAGUCCCAGGAGCCGUCCUACCUGGACAUGGACUCCUACCCCAACAACGCUGGAACCCUGAAGCUGUCUCAGACGUCUCCAGAUGUCCCCAACUCAGAGGCCGGAGCCCAGCCCCAUAAAGACCUGCCCAACGCUCACUCCCAGCAGCAGGUCACCUCCCGGCCCAAGCCCAUGACCCACCAGCUCUCCAGUCCAGACUUCCACGGCGAGGAGAAGGAGCAGGUGACCAGCAUCGGGCAGAUCAAACCGGAGCUCUACCGGCCCAAGGGCGACCAGGGCGAAGGCAAACAGGGCGACAACUGCGGCAAGAUCAGCUUCCUCCUGCGCUACGCCUUCAAUACGGAGCAACUGGUGGUGAAGAUCCUGAAAGCUCUGGACCUGCCGGCGAAGGAUGCCAAUGGCUUCUCUGACCCAUACGUGAAGAUCUACCUACUGCCAGACAGGAAGAAGAAGUACCAGACCAAGGUCCACAGGAAGACCUUGAACCCCGUGUUCAACGAGACGUUCCAGUUCGGCGUGCCGCUGAACGAGCUACAUUCCAGGAAGCUGCACUUCUCCGUGUACGACUUCGACCGCUUCUCCAGACACGACCUGAUCGGCCAGGUGGUGGUGGACAACCUGCUGGACUUCAGCGAGGGCAGCGGAGACAAACCUGUGUGGAGGGACAUCGUGGAGGGCACCGCGGAGAAGGCGGAUCUCGGGGAGCUUAAUUUCUCGCUGUGCUACCUGCCCACCGCAGGAAGACUUACUGCUACGGUCAUCAAGGCCACCAACCUCAAAGCCAUGGACCUGACUGGCUUCUCAGACCCGUACGUGAAGGCCUCUUUGGUCUGUGACGGGCGAAGGCUAAAAAAGAGGAAGACCUCCAUCAAGAAGAACACGCUGAACCCCACGUACAACGAGGCGCUGGUGUUUGACAUCCCCAACGAAAACAUCGAGAGCGUUUCCAUCAUCAUCGCCGUGAUGGACUAUGACUGCAUCGGCCAUAACGAGGUUAUAGGGAUGUGUCGGGUGGGCAGCGAAGCCGACGGCCCGGGGAGGGAGCACUGGACGGCCAUGCUGGCCAAUCCACGCAAACCAAUAGAGCACUGGCAUCAACUGGUGGAGGAAAAAGCGAUCGGUACAUUCGUGUCGAAGACGGCUACUGCGUCGUCCCCGAAGCCCAACAUCGUGGUGGACAGUCCUCACUCCGAUUAAAGCUGUGAGCCGACAUACAGUGUCAUUAUCAUCGCUCCAGAAUUUCCUUUUCUUUCCUGUCAUCUGUGAAUAAUCCUCUCCCCAUCAAAGAAAGAGGGACGCGGAGAGACGGCUUGUGUUUCGAGUGCUCGCGCUGUUUAGCUCCUGCUAAUGAAUCCUUCAAGUCCCGUGCAGAACAAACAGCAUCCACCAACACAACGAGCCACACUACGAGACACGGGCCGACACCCGCACGGCACAGCAGGGCGGAUCCCUAACUGUCAAUUUGGGAUUCUAGCUAGGCGGCCGACACACACACACACACACACACACACACACACGCAGGUAUGUGCAUAGUUCAUGUGUGCUUGGGGUUAGCGUGGUGCUUCAUCUUAGGAGGCUCACGUGAUGUGACAAACUGUACUCUCUUGGGGGAAAAAAAAAAGAAAAAAGAGAAAAGAAAAGCCAUCCUCGAAUGGCCCUUCCAACCAGGACCAAAGCUUCAUGCCCUUGUACAGACUGUAAAAAAGAAGAAAAUCACUAUGUCGAUAUUUUUCUUUGCAAUGUUGGUGUGCAGCAAAUUCGGCCGCGCGGGAACACACGUCUCACGCCGUUCUUGGCAGGACACACACACACAAAAAAUUUAAAAAAAGUGAGGUGGAUUCUCCCGGCCAUUUUGGACGCCUUCUCCAGGCUCCACGUCCUCUUGUUUCAGACUUGAACUCCCUUUUUUUUUCUCCACGGGGGGAAAAGACGACGAAGCGCCAAGUGGUUUUUAUUGAUGUCAGAAGAGCCAAAAAAGACUCAUCGGUUUUAAGCAUGUUACGCAACCUCGCAGUGUGUUCCUCGUCCUCGUGCUUUUUUUUGUCGCCAUCAUCAUCAUCAUCGUCCUCUUCCUCAACCAGUAUACAUCGUUCAGCAUCAUUUUGCUUUGUUGUUUUGUGUGACACGACACACACACACACACACGUGUGUAGAUUGGUUCCCUUCAUACGGUCCACUGAGGGUGCGACGCUUUCUGGCUCCAGACCGGCAGACUCUUCCCCCUGAAGGACUCGGCCUGGAGGACCUGUUUGAGGACGUGUCCCAACGGGGAGGGAUUUCACCACUCUCUCUUAUUUUGAUUGAUCAUCCCCAGGACGUUUUUUUUUUUUUCUUCUUUUCUCUUCUCGAGAAG